GGUUAGUGCACUUGAGAGUUGACUGCUUUCGCUGUUUUAGUGACUGAACCAGGAUUUACUGUAUACAACCUUUGAGAAACCGAAUGAAAAUGAAGUCCCUGUUUCUCUUAGCCAUUUGUUUGACAUGGCUGGAAGUUUCUCAAAGCAGACCCAGGGGAAAGCUAGAAGGCCUCUCCAAAGAGACCCUGGAAAAGUUGUCCAUAGAUGGAGAAAGGUUUGUGGAUGAAGAGGUGAAGAGGGUUUUAUUUGGUGUCAAACAGAUGAAGGAAUUUGUGGAACGAAAUGAAGAGAAACAUGAACACCUAAUGAAAUCUUUAAGACAUAGUAGUGAGAAGAAGUAGGGAGCUCUUCAGCUUGCUGAAGAGGUGAAGCAAAAGCUAGAGCAGGCUGAGGACCAGUGUCAAGCAUCCUUAAAGGCUUCCUGGGAUGAAUGCAGGCCUUGCCUUGAAGACACCUGCAAAUCAUUCUAUACCUCUACUUAUCGCAGAGGCUUUUCCACAUUUUCUAGCAAGGUGCUGCCUCAUUCUGGUGAAGGAACCCUAAAGCCUGUUUCAGCCACAGCUGUAGAAGUGAAUGUGUUCAACUCACCCACCUUCACUCUUAACGUCCCUGGCGAGCUGGAAGUAGAAGACCCUGCCUUUAUUAAAUAUGUGGCCCAGGAGGCAUUAAGGCUCUACAAAGAGAUGUCCAAGAAGGAUGCACCCUGAAGUGAUAACAACAUGAACACUCGCCCUGGUUUGACAUGUGGAAAUGAGAAGAUUUAAGAAUACAUUUCAUCUUGGCAUUUUACAGGUUUAUAAAUAAUGUUAUAAUCUGCUAAUUAGAUAUUGCUUAAGACAUGUUUGUUUUUACUAAGUUUAUUACCUUGCUUGCUAGAGAUGGCAUGCAAUAUAAUUUAUAACUACCGGAAGAAUAACAGGAAGUGUAAAUCUAAUGUACACAAAUGUCAUCUUUGUCAUCUUAUUGGAUAACAACAAUAUUUUUGUAAAAUUGCCUCACAGCAAAAAGAUGUGUUUGAUUGUUCAAUUUUGCAUGUAGCUAUCUAUCACAAUUGCUUUUAAUUAACCUGUGUACUAGAGCCAAGAUAAUAUAAUGCUGUAUGUUAGUUUCUUUCCAGAUGGGCACAUUAAAUUAUAGUUGCAUCUAAAUAAAUACAGAGCUGGUCUCUUUUAUGCAUUGAGAGGAACAAGAAAAACUUGUUUGAAAUUACCGAGAGUCUCUAUACACCUCAAAGAGUUUAGCUGUUUUUACCAUGUUGCAGCGGCAAAACUAAAUCACUUAGAAUUACCAUCUGUACCAGUAUCAAAAGUCUGAAACUUUCUUACCUCAAAUGUAAAAAAAAACGUACAUACCUCUUAUACACAAUGAGAUAUAAGUCAUCAAACUAAGGUAAAAUUGUUAAUCUUCUUCUUCUACUUCUUCUUCCGUCUACUUUUUAAGGGUGUGCAGCAACUAUUCAAACAGAAAAGCUAAAUAACUGGACAUCUUCCACAUGUUGGUCAAUGUCAAAACAUACCAGGGUGUGCAAGCAGUUUGAUAUCCACACCAUUUAUAUUAAACAAAUUAUUUAUGUUUUAAAACAGCACAUAUCGCAGGAAAAAAAAAAAAAAUACUGUGGGUUGAACUCACAAUAUGACAUUCUUGCAGAGCACACGACCUUAGCCCGCUGCACCACUGCGCAGUUGUUGAAAUGUGUUCAUUUUUUAAGCUUAUAUCCAAGCCUGACCAGCUUUCGCUGAAAACCUGAAUGUGCUUCUCCAGUCUAGAAAUUUUCGAUUUCCUGUUUGAAAGUUUCUAGUUUCCUGUUUGUUUGGUAGAUACCAUAGAAUGGAAUUGCACAUGUAGCUUCCUUGUCCAAAUCCACGUCAAUUGACAUUUAUAUACCUAUAUAAAAAAUACAAGUUUCAUGUAAAAAAAAAAAUAAAUAAAUAAAAAAAUUGCCUAAAAUUAAUAGCGCAUCUGUGACGGGGGACUGCCCCGUCUUUAUGAACGUGGUUGGGACUGGCAGGGAGGGGGUUAAAUUCCUCCCUGCCAGGAAAACAUGUGAGAAUGUGGCUGGAGCCCUAAUUGAAUAAUCAGCCAUUAUUGAUUAAUUGGGCUCCAGCCACAGGGGAUAAAAGCCAGGGGAGCGAACGGGCCUGGCUAGGGAGAGAGUUCUAGAAGGAGUAGAGUGGUUUUGUGUGUGCUGUGUUGUUA